CAUACCACACUUCAGCCUCUGUCUCUAUCAAGCCCACACACACACUUACUGAUUUACAAUUUCACAACUCAAAUCUCUUUCUCUUUCGGCUCAUAUUUGCAAACAGAAACAAUGGGUACUAAGAUUCGUUGAAGAAAACACAAAACAUAUGGAAAAAGAAACAGGAAACAUAUCAAACACGGAUGUAACGACGCUGACGAAGAAAGUUCUUCAAGAUCUUAGUAUCAACAAUGGAGGAGGAUUUGUCAAUUCAUGGGUUGAUUCCAUGAGGGCUUGUUCUCCUACUCAUCUCAAAUCUUUGAUGAAACAAAGCUCUUGGCUCACAGAGCAUCCAUCAGCUUUAGAUAUGUUCGAAGAGAUUCUUCAUGUUUCUGAAGGAAAACAAAUCGUUAUGUUCUUGGAUUAUGAUGGCACUUUAUCCCCCAUUGUUGAUGAUCCAGAUCGAGCUUUCAUGUCUAAGAAGAUGAGAAGAACAGUAAGGAAACUAGCAAUUUGCUUUCCGACUGCCAUAGUUAGUGGGAGGUGCAGAGAAAAGGUUUAUAAUUUCGUGAAAUUGACUGAGUUGUACUAUGCUGGAAGUCAUGGCAUGGACAUCAAGGGACCAGCGCAAGGGUCCAAGUAUAAGGAAGGUAAAUCUCUUCUUUGCCAACCAGCUACAGAGUUCCUCCCCAUGAUCGACGAGGUUUAUCAAAAAUUAGUGGAGAAAACAAAAGUAACUCCUGGAGCCAACGUAGAGAACAAUAAGUUUUGUGCCUCUGUCCACUUCCGACGCGUAGAUGAGAAAAACUGGAGUGAUCUGGCUAAUCAAGUUGGAUCAGUAAUUAAGGAAUACCCUAAACUCCGUAUUACUCAAGGAAGAAAAGUUUUGGAGAUUCGUCCUAUAAUUAAGUGGGAUAAAGGCAAAGCACUAGAGUUUUUAUUAGAGUCACUUGGGUAUGCUAAUUGUACUGACGUUUUCCCCAUUUACAUCGGCGAUGAUCGCACAGACGAAGAUGCAUUUAAGAUAUUAAGAGACAAAAGACAAGGUCUUGGCAUUCUUGUAUCCAAAUUUCCGAAGGAGACUAAUGCGUCUUAUUCUCUGCAAGAGCCUGAUGAGGUUAUGGAUUUCUUGCAACGUUUAGUGGAAUGGGAACAAAUGAGAUCUGGCGCAUGAUGAGAGCUAUAAGUACAUAUAUAUAAGAAUGAAAUCUUUUUUAAUAACUUGUUAAUCUAGUUUUUUCCUAUUGUAUACUCACCGUAUCUUUGACAAACAAAGAAAAAAAAUUGUACUCAACGCGUAUGUAUAAAAUCUUAUUAGUAAUUGUUGUCAAUUCUUAAAGAACAUAGUUUAUAUAAUUGCGAUUA